AUGUCAACCGACACUUCCAAAGGAAUUGCGGAUGGAAUCGCUCCCUCGCACACAUACGUACCAAAUCAUGGCUAUGUAAAUGCCGAUACAGCACCUCCCCGGAGAAGAAUAGCCCUAGGCCAAUUUAUUCAGGAAGAUGACGACGACGAAGUGGAAGAUGCAGACGGCGAGGAGGACGAGGAUGAGCUGGAGGACCUCUACGACGAAGAAGUGGACCGCGACCAGGUCCUCGACCCUGAGGACCUUGCCACGUCUAAUCCGGCCGACCUGACAAAGUCAUAUAACAGACGACGGCGCCUCAAUGAAGCCGCUUCAGACCCCAAGAUCCCCGCUUGGCAGUAUCCCAAAGCAAACCCCCAGCAAAAGCCAUCUCAAGGUUCUGUCAGCAAUCUAUACCGCGACAUGAAGGAUCUCGUGUUUUCUGACGUGGCCCCGGACGAGGAUGGCCGUCGCAACAAGGACAAGGACAAAAGCGAGCGUGCAACGGCCGAACAAGUCCUCGAUCCCAAAACGCGGAUGAUCCUCUUCUCUAUGAUCCAGAAGGGCAUCGUCUCCGAGAUCCACGGCACCAUUUCCACCGGAAAGGAAGCAAACGUCUACCACGCCGUGGCCGAGUCCGAAGACGGCUCGCAGGAAGACACCCACGUCGCCAUCAAGGUGUACAAAACGGCCAUUUUGGUAUUCAAGGACCGCGAAAAGUAUGUGACAGGUGAGUUCCGUUUCCGCAAGGGAUACAGGACUCGGGACAACCGGGCCAUGGUGAAGAUGUGGGCGGAGAAGGAAAUGCGAAACCUCAAGAGGAUCCAUGCCGCGGGCAUCCCUUGCCCCGAACCGCUUUAUCUUCAUCGGCACGUCCUGGGAAUGAACUUCAUCGGGAACGGGAAAAAGGGCAAAGCGGCCCCUCGUCUGAAGGAUGUGGAGUUUGAGGACGAAGACGACGGCGCCAGGUGGCGCGCCAUCUACAUCGACGUCGUGGCAUACAUGCGCAUCAUGCUACAGAUCUGCAAACUCGUCCACGCCGACUUGAGCGAGUACAACAUCCUGUACUACGAGAACAAGCCGUACAUUAUCGACGUGAGCCAGAGCGUCGAGGGCGACCACCCACGCAGUCUCGACUUUUUGCGUAUGGACAUCAAGAACGUCACCGACUUCUUCCGCCGCAAGGGCGUCAACGUCCUGGCGGAGCGGAAGACGUACGAUUACAUCACAAAAGCCCCCGCUGCCAGCGGCCAGGGGCUCGAGAUCGAGGAGGAACGGAAAGACCUUGACAAAUUGAUGGCGGAGCGGUCUGAAGACGACAAGGAAGAGGACGAGGUGGAAAACGAGGUCUUCCGCAAGCAGUACAUACCGCAAACGCUGGACGAGGUGUACGACGCAGAGAAGGAUGCGGAGACGCUGCAGACGCAGGGACGAGAUGCACUAGUGUACAAGAAUCUGCUGGCGCCACUGCGAAGCGAAGACGCACCAGCGGUAGAGUCGACUUUCAUCCCCUCCCAGAGCGUCGACAAGAACCACCUUUCUUCUUCGACCGAAGGUCAAGACCAAGACGAUCUCGAGAGAAAUGACGGAAAACAACAUGCACAAGAAGAAGAUCUCGACGAAGAAGGCGGCGCCGCUCUCCGCUCCGACGCUUCGGACACCUCGGCCGCAUCCAACGGCGAGGGCUCCGAAGACGCGUCAGAUUCGGCCUCGUCGAGAUCCUCGCCAGGUCGCCCGCGCGGCAAGCGGUUCCAGGACAAGGAUGCCAAACGGCAACACAAACAAAAGGUCAAGGAGGAGAAGCGCGAGAAGCGGAGCCAGAAGAUCCCCAAGGCCACCAAGAAGAAGCUGGUCAAGGACUCGGCGCGCCGGGGUAAGCAUUGA